AUGUAUACUCAUAUCUUUGGUACAGGUACUGUUUCUGAGUAUGUUUUGCUUGAUGCGCCGUCCUCAGACUCUUCUGUUGUAGUGCCAAAGAAUUUGUCUUUGAACGAAACUGCCGCGUGGCCGUGA